GUGUAUGAAGAAGAGGAUUAUAGAAGAAUUAGAUUUGUUGGACGACAAAAGGAGGUGAACAAGAAUUUUGCAAUUGAUUUGAUAGCAGAGCAGCCCGUGAGCGAAGUUGAAAGCAGAGUGAUAUCAUGCGAUGGUGGUGGUGGAGCUUUGGGACAUCCUAAAGUAUACAUAAACUUGGACAAAGAUACAAAGACGGGAACGUGUGGCUACUGUGGACUUCAGUUUAAACAGAAACAUCACUGA